UAAUGUCAUAAUUUUGUCAUUGGUUUGGUGUCAAUAUUUUUGUCAGAAGUGAGAAUUCGUUUUUGCCUUUAUUAAAUUUGUGAGUGCGACUAUUGAAACAAGGGUUUAAAUUUCCUGCACUUUAACAUUUGUGGACAUUCCCCGCUCGUGUAUGUUUGUACAGGUGUUAUAGUUACUCGUUGAUCACCGUAGAUUUCAGCUAAACGGCAUGGAGGAGCUUUUAGGUCACGAUUCAAGUAGAGGGAAGAGACAAGUCCCACCAAUGUUGCAGAAACUCCUUCACAACGAUGUGCAGAUCACGAAGAAGUUCGUGGAGUUUGGCUUGAGGACCACCUGGCUGAGAUCUCUGCGCAACCAUGCACAACUGUUUGAUGUUUCUUGUCAUGGCAUUGUCUGGUUGGCCGGCUGGCUCACCUUUAUCUGGUUGUUUAACAAUAAGGAGUUAUAUCAGUUGCAAGUCAAUAUGCUCAUAGCUCUGAUCUUGGAUAUUAUCGUGAUUGCGGUGAUAAAGGCGGCCGUGCGUCGUCGUCGACCUAUCCCUAUGAACAAGCUGACAGACAUCGGUCCUGACAAGUUCUCCUUCCCGUCAGGUCACGCCAGCCGCUCCACCAUGAUUGCCUUCAUACUCAUGUCACAAUAUCUUAACGACUACUUCUUCUUGUACCCACCUUUUCUAGCUUGGGUCGGAGCUGUAUGCCUCUCAAAAGUACUUGCAGAGAGGCACUACCUUCUCGAUGUACUUGCCGGUAUCAGUAUUGGCAUUCAAGAAGCGAUAUUCAUGCAUUUGAUCUGGUUCUCUCAAAACACCUGCUCCGGUAUUGUGGCUUCGUUAUCUGAUGAGAAGAUUGAUGGCGGAGAGUACCAUGUCUAGAACCAAAACCAAACAAAUCAACGACCUUUUGGUGCGCGAAACGAAAUUUUGAGCGAAACGUGGCUGAACAGGGAAGAACAAUGUCAUGAAAGCAAUCAACGCAUUUAUAUUAAGUAUUCAGUGCUGACUAAAUAUUAGUUACAUAUUUAAUAUCUUAGUCUUUUUAAUAUCUCGUAAGAAUAAUUAAAGUUCCUGGUAAAGUCGUGUUGCGUCUUUUGAUAACACCUGCACCAAACAGGUUGCAUCUCGUAUUUAUCUUCACAGAAUAAUAUCCUAGUCCUUUUCAUUGUGUUUGAAAGAAAAUUGUGAAUGGAUUUACAAAUCAUUAUAAUUUUUUGUUAUAUUUAUUGUAUUGUUAUCGUAAAUAUAUAAUAUAAACGUAACCCAACACAUUUCGAGGCCUGUGA